AUGAGGAUAACACAGUUUAUCCCACUGGGCCGAAGUUAUGGUCGACCAUGGCUUCAAUGGCAAUCGCAUGCUUCCUCAGCGGACUUCUUCGGUCAAAUCUAUACCCUCUUCUCCAUCAAAGCCGUCUUCCUAAUCGGCAUCGCCACAUUCGAAGUCGGCUCUCUUAUCUGCACUCUCGCACCAUCCUCCGCAGUCUUUAUUCUCGGCCGUGCAGUCAGCGGUUUAGGUCGCGGCGCCAUCAACGGCGGCUUGUUCAAACUCUUGCGUCAAUGCUUUCCGCUGUCUAAGCAAGCUAUCAUUAAUAGUUUCUUUGGCUCCAUUCAGAGUGUCGGACUUAUCACUGCGCCUACGAUUGGCGGUGCGUUGAUAGAUGCGUUUUCGUGGAGGGCUUGUUUUGGUGUUAAUUUACCGUUGGGCGUUACGUGUCUUGUGUUGACGGCUUAUGGUGUUCAUGAACAACCUCCGCGUCAUGAUGCGCCUGUUCUUACUCUCAAGGAAAAGGUCAAGAAGGUUGACUUCUUUGGUACUCUGUUGGCUGUACCGGCUAUUACGUUUCUUCUCAUGGCACUGCAAUGGGGAGGCACAAAGUUUGGCUGGGGAACGUGGCAGAUUAUUGUACCUCUUGUUGUUUGCGCGCUUCUGUUCCUGGCCUUUGGAUACUUGCAGUAUCGUCAAGGUGAUAACGCCCUCUUGCCGCCGAGAAUCUUGAAGCAGAGGAGUAUCAUUGCGGGAAUGUGGUACGGGGCGUGCUGCGAGGGAGUUUUGGCUGUGACGGAGUACUACAUGUCUAUAUACUUCCAAGGCGUACGUGGGUAUUCGCCUACAAAGGCAGGUCUACUGGCUCUUCCAAUGGUCGGAGGCCUGGCUAUCGCGUUCAUCAUCUCUGGUGUUGGAACUACAUGGAUCGGAUACUAUUACCCAUUCAUGUUGGCCACAAGCGUCCUCACACCUAUUGCGUCCGGUCUUCUCACCACUCUCGAUCUCGAAGAACAAAUCGCCAAAGCCGUUGGACUCCUCACCUUCCUCGGUUUAGCAGUCGGCCUCGGUCUUCAAGGUCCACAAGUAGCAUUGCAGGCUGUUCUCCCAAUCGAAGACGUAUCCCUUGGAGGUGCAGUCAUCACUUUCGGAGCGGGCAUGGGCUCGGCAUUGUGGAUCUGUGCCUCCGCAACAUUAUUCCAAGACCGUUUGUCAAAGGAGAUCCAAGAUGCUGCGCCGGGUACAAACACUACACAUAUUCAAGAAGCGGGUUUGUCCAAGUUGAGAGAGUCAAUUGGUCCUGAGAGGCUGAAGAGCGUGCUGUCUGGCUACGAGAACGCGGUUGUCCAGACGCUCUAUAUCCCACUGGCAUUGGCGCUUCUCAGUAUUAUUGGUGCCGUAGCCAUGGAGAGAAAGUCAAUCAAGAAAAAGCGGUCUUGA